GUCCACCGAGCCGCUCUGUCAUCAUCAUCGUCGGCGUCGUCAGUCGCCAUGACCUCGGCCAAGACGCUGAAGCUGGCCGCGUACGAGCUGCUGCAGUUCGCCGCGCUGGCCUUCCCCGCGUUGGCGCUCGGCGAGCGCUUCGCCCGCCUGCUGAGCGACGUGAGGGGACGCGACGACACCGCCUACUGGCUGGCGGUGGCCUCCUCAGUGGCCUACGUGACCUCCUGUGCCCUCCUGGUGUGGGUGCCCCUCAGGUAUCACGCCCUGAGGAGGCGGAGAUUCAAGACCGCACGCUGGAGACCAACAGCGCUGGCGUAUCUCGUCUUGUGCACACUACCUUGCUUUGCUAUUGUGAUAGCCAGCUCCCAGGUGCAAGUCAACGCGGGCGUGCGCCUGGACCACUUUGCCGAGUUGCCCGUCUCCUUGGUGAUGUUGUCGCUCACUUGCGUGGACCUGGUGGAGAGGAUACGGCCCUGCAGGCUCCUUGGACAAUUUGACAACCUGGACCUGACCUUUGAGCUGCCGGGCCCGGUUCUGACCCACCUGGAAACGGCCAGCUCAGUCUCCAACCAGGUGCAGCCCGACCAAACCCAGAACGGUUCCCCGGCGAACCGUCAACCGGAGCCCCCGAACAAACCCGACGCCCCCCGCAGGCGUCCCGACGUCCCCGCGGGCCGUUCCGUGCCGAUCGCCUCCAGAACAUCCGGCGCCGCCUACCUGCGCUCGUCCUCGCGAGCCUUCUCGGGCCACCUGGGCUUCCUGGCGAGGAGAGACGCCAGGUCAGAGGUGUUUGUGGAUUGUUUCCUGUUCUGGUUGGACACGGCAGAGUUGGUCCGGGUGGCAGGGGAGCCGGCCGUCUUCUACUCGCCCUGGGUGUACCCCGUUUUCAUCCUGGCCUUCCUGUCCUGCCUGCGGGCGGUCCUCACCCCUGACGGACCGUUCUGGUCCUCAGCCGGGGUGGCCCUCCAGGACCUUCCCUUCUUGGUCAUGCGGGUGGCCCUGCUGGCCGUCUUCGGAACCGUCACGCCUGUCUUGUUUCCUGUGAAAAACGCCCUGGUCAGCCUGGCCUUCUUCUACUUCACCUGCAUGACCAGGAUGAAAAUAUUCAACAGGCACAGCAUGUUCUGACAAUAUCACAAUAUAAUCCUAACAACAAAUUAUAAUAUAAAUAUUCAUAAUGGGACAUUUUUGUACAGCACACAAAUAUGAAUCCAAGGAACCAUAUUUGGUUACCAAGACAGGAGUCCAAAUGGACAUCUCCCAGCAAAACAGGAAAAAAAACAUGGGUAAAGUUCCUAAUGUAUUAUAAGAAAAUUUCUAAAAAUAUAUAUUCAUAAUAAAAUAUGUAAUAAUAAAUAAAAUGGACCCCAAAUGCCUGUCUAUGACCAUUAGCCUAUUUGUCACAGCCAAUCAAAAAAACUAAAUAAAAAAAUUAUAGAUGACAUAAAAGAAAAGGAACAAUUUUAAUUUAAUAAUUUCCCAAAAUAUAUAUUUUUUGCAAUUUUAUAGGGCAAGGAAUCAUAUUUUGGAACCUUGAGUCAGAAUGUACACCACACGUGUUGCCUUUUCUUUCUUUCCCAGCCAAUCAACAAACAAAAAUGACUUCAAAAAUGAUGUCGGGAUGUUCGAUAUCUUCACUUUUUUUUAGACCGGUACCAGAAUGACUCCUCACUCUUGAGUACUCACCGAUAUCACAAAAUUUUUGCACAAUGGCAGAUAAUUGUGUACAAAGUCCUUUCUUUCUGACGCACGUGAGGAUUCAUCGGUGUCAAACUGCUGCAGUGUAGCGCAAACUACUGGCAAGAAGGACUUACUGCAUGACAAAAAUGUUUACCUUAAGUAUCGGUGGCGUGUCUCAGCAGCCUUCACGAGUACCUGAGACCUUGAAAUACAAAGUAUGGCUUAUGUAACUACGUUUUAACAGUAAGACCUAAUUUUGUCGAAUAAUAAUGUGCCCCUAAUCUUCAAAUUUCAAUUCUUCGGAAUUUAAUAGAGACAUAUAACCAUAUUAAUGUAUAAGUGGACUAAAUGUUGCUUAAUUGAUAGAGCCUCCCCUGCUUGCUUGUUCUCCUAUGUUUUCUCAAAAACAAUUUCAAAAAAAUUCAAUUAAAAGCUUGAAUCAAAAUGGACAACUCACUACAAGACAGUAGCGCCAUGUGACUUCUCCCAGCUAAUGAAAAACAAUCAGAAAAUUAUUACAUAAAAAGUGUGUCAUUAGACAUGAUCCGCAUUUUUUAAAAAGUUACUUGGGUAAAGCAAAAAAAAACUGCUCUACCCUAGUAUUUAAAGGGUUGAUUCAGCCUCCUUGGGGGAGGUAAUCAAAACCCCACAGAGCACUUUGUAUUCAUUUAAUGGA